AUGGCUUUAGCAGUCCCAAUUGUCCAGACAAAUGCAGAGCCUGCAGAACAUGAUUAUGAAGCGUUACCACCUAAUUUCUCCCUGUUACAAAAUAUGACCGCUGGUGCCUUUGCUGGCAUAGCCGAGCACACUGUAAUGUACCCGAUUGAUGCGAUUAAGACGCGAAUGCAAAUCCUCAACCCGACACCAUCAGCAGUUUACAAUGGCAUGCUUCAAGGAGCUUACCGAAUAGCCACUGGAGAGGGCAUAUUCUGUUUAUGGCGCGGCGUAUCAAGUGUGAUUAUGGGCGCUGGUCCAGCUCACGCAGUAUACUUUGCUACCUAUGAAGCUGUAAAACAUCUUAUGGGUGGAAAUCAAGCUGGUGUACAUCAUCCCCUAGCUGCAGUUACUAGCGGAGCCUGUGCUACGAUAGCCAGUGAUGCUCUCAUGAAUCCAUUUGAUGUAAUUAAACAAAGGAUGCAAAUUCACAAUUCCCACAAGAUUUACAGAUCUUUCUCUGACUGUGCUCGUUAUGUAUAUCGCACCGAAGGAAUUUCAGCUUUCUAUGUUUCUUAUCCUACCACACUUUCUAUGACAAUCCCAUUCACUGCUCUUCAGUUUCUUGCGUAUGAAUCAUUAUCAACAUUCAUAAACCCAUCAAAAGCUUAUGACCCUUUCACACACUGUUCAGCGGGUGCUCUUGCCGGUGGUUUUGCAGCAGCUCUAACCACACCUAUGGACGUGGUGAAAACAAUGCUACAAACAAGAGGAACGGCAAGCGAUUCAGCAUUGAGAAACGUGAAUGGAUUCAUGGAAGGGGCCAAACUACUACAUAAAAGAGAAGGUUACUCUGGAUUUUUCAAAGGCGUUAAACCAAGGGUUGUUACCACAAUGCCUGGAACUGCUAUAUGUUGGUCCGCUUAUGAGGCAUGCAAAGCAUAUUUUAUUCAACAAAACAAUAUUGAGAUAUGA